AUGCUCUUGUUCCUCUUCUUGUUUGGUCUGGCUCUGGGUGCUGAGACUCCUUCAGGUGACCAUCAAUUGAAGCUACAGCGUGGUAACUGUCCCAAAUACUGGUUCAACUUCAAUGGCCGCUGCUACAAGUAUGUCGCAACACGUAUGACCUGGGCUGAUGCAGAGCUCCACUGUGUGUCACAGAGGGCCAAUCUGGUGUCUAUCCACAGUGUGGCUCAAAACAAUUUUGUCAAAUCCCUGAUCUGGAACUUUGAUCCUGUUCAGGGAUAUACCUGGAUUGGACUCAGUGACAUCCACAAAGAAGGAAGAUGGAUGUGGUCUGAUGGAUCAGCAGUCAACUUUGUCUUUUGGGACAUAGGACAGCCAGACAACUAUCGAGGACGAGAAAAUUGUGCCCACAAAAACUUUGGCAAUCAGUUGAAAUGGAAUGACCGUCAGUGUUCUGAUACAAUCCCUUUUGUUUGUGUAUCUCGCCCAUUUUAUCCCUAG